AUAAUUAAAAAUAAAGAAAGGUUACUCUCUAAAAUAAUAGAGAAAUUAAAAGAGAAAAUAAAAGUUGGACGGCCCAACUUUUCCGACCUAUUUUUUUUUCCUGCAACCGUUCAAUCCAGCCGUCACCGCCUGCCUGUCUUCCCUCUUAGAAGAAGACAGGUCAGUAGAUGCCGAAGAAGACAGAGCCACCGUCGGAGAAGACAGAGCCGUCGUCGUAGGAGACAGAUUGACGGAUAUCCACCGAAAAAAGAAGAGAAAAUCUGUCGCCCACCCGCGAUCGCGCUGCCACGCUCCGCCGCAUUCGCGGCCGCUCCGACCUCUCCUUUAAAGCGCUCCGCAACAAACUUUCUGAAGCGGCACGGAGCCGCUCCGACGCGCCGCGGUAGCGGCCGCGACAAGCGCUAUUGACUACUAAUGAAAGAGUUCAGAUCUUAUAAUCCUCAAUUGGGUCGUAUGAAGGACAGACAACUGAAGAAAAGGUUGAAAUACAUGGUUGAACCAGAUCAAAAUUGCGAGACUAGGGUUGAAGAUGUUGCUUGCCUUUGCUCUCUUUCAGAGUCUGAGAUUGACAUGCUGAUUAGUUUGAAAUUGUUGAUCAUUCGGCGUGCAAAAAUGAUAGGUUGUAAGGAGCUAGCAAAUAAAUUCAACCUUAGAAUGAUUCGAGCCAUUGCACUUGUUUUGAUAGAACAUCUCAAAGCAGAGGUAAAAGAUUCAUCACUUAUCCCCAACAAGGUGAAUUCUACUGCAUUUCUAGAUGCUUCCAACCUAUUGAAAUGUAACAAUGAGGUUGAUGCAAACAUUGACGAGCUAAGUACUUGUCUCGAUGCUGAUAUACAAACAUUUCUUGGAAGUUCUCUGACAACCAAACAAAAGAAGCAGAAGGUUGGAAGCAGCGAAUAAAGAUUUGCUGUUUAUGGAGGGCCUAAAAUUUCUGAAUUUCUAGUUUAUGCUUGUGACAAAACAUGUACUUUUUGUUGUGGAAACUCUCAUUUAGAGUUUCUUCCUCAUUGCAGAAGUUGCAUGCAGGAGAAUGAGGUUAAGGAGUAUUGAUAUUAGGUUGCUCAUAGCUUUUAGUUCUUAGACAACUUUUUCCUAUUUGUGUAGGGGAGAAAUAAUAGCUGGAGCAGAUACCCUUGUAGAAAAUUGUUGCAAGGAUGUGUAGCGUACUCCAUUUUUUCGGGUAAUUUUACAUUAUUUUAUGUUUUAUUUGUGAAGAAACAAAACUUAAUGAGAGGUGGAACAAAUUUUCGUUUUCUUGAACAAA